AUUAGCAAGUAAUUAAGUUUCUGUAGUCACUGCAGGUGUGCAGGACAGGUGAGAGAUCAUGUGAUAUGAUCUCCAGGUGAGUAUCAGGUAGACAAUAGGUACGAAGGAGUGGUAUUCAUUCGACGCUGAGACACGGCACCGAGCAGGUUGGAAGGCUGUAUGAGUGCGCAUCGUGUAAGGUUAAAGUAUGGAAGGUCUGGAGGAUGAACUGAAGUGUCCCGUGUGUUUGGAGUUGUUCACCUGUCCACUACAACUGCCCUGUCACCACAACCUGUGCCGCAGGUGUGCAGAAGAUCUACUUCAGUCUGAGACAAACCCGAGCCAAGACGACGAGGAAGGGGCCACCUACUCAGCUGCAGCUGCACCCAGUCCUGAAAACACACCUGACAGUUUCCCCUGUCCAACAUGCCCGGAGGUAGUCAGCUUGGGCACCCUGGGUCUCGACGGACUGAGGAAGAAUUUUCUCCUUCAAAAUAUAGUGGACAGGUAUUUGCGGCUGAAGGGUGAUGGCAACACCAGGCCACAUGAGAUCCCAUGCCAACUCUGCAGGGAAGCCCCUCCCAGACUGGCUGCCAAAAGCUGCCUGAUUUGUAAGGUGUCUUACUGUGAGCAGUGCCUGACUGUUACACACCCCGACUUCCCCCCAUUUUCUGAACACAAAUUGGUCAGUCCAACAGCAUCUUUUAAUGAUGAGACCGUGAUGUGCCCCGACCACCCCAGCAAACCAGUGGAGAUGUACUGUGUGCAGGACCAGACUCCCGUCUGUUUGCUGUGUGAGAAGGUGGGCAGACACAAGCAGCACAACAUGGCGGCCCUGGAGGAGGUGUUCUCCCAGAAACAGGCUGAGCUGCAGACCUGGGUGGGCCGCUUGGACGCUAGGGUCACCCUGGAGGAGGCUAAGGUUCGGGCAUUAGAAGAUAGACAUGAGCAGAUGAUGAACGGUGCACAAGAAUUGAAGACUGAAAUUGACAAACAAUGUGAAAGCCUCAUGGAAGUCAUUCAACAUCGUAAGGCUGAAUUGCACCGAAAGCUAGAGCAGACAAGACAACAGGACAGCAAGGACCUACAGAAAGUGAUCAAACGUGCAACUGAUGGUGUACAGAAGGCACAAUCAGCACUGUCUUAUUCUUUGGAAGUCCUGAAGGAAACCGACCAUGCUAGCUUACUGCUCGCUCACCACUCAUUGAAAGCUAAGAUAGAAGGAACAAUCAACACUUUGGGCAGUAACAGUGAUGACAACUAUGAUGAUGAUGAAUAUGGCAUUGAUGAGUUAGACAUUGACUUCACACAGUGUAAGAAAGAGUUAAAAGCGUUAGACUUUGGAGUACUCCCUGAUACACCAUUUGCAGAUGAGCAAUGUUGUAUUGGCUCGAUGGAGGAAGCUUAUAUUGAAUGGGAUCCUGUUUGGGAUGCCAAUGAAUAUGAGGUUUGUUACUCAGUUGGUAACGUCCAAAUAGUUUCAACCCUAAAGGGUUAUUCAUACACAGCCACAAACCUGACUCCGGGAACAAAGUACAAGUUUGAACUCGCUUCCAAAAACAAGGCUGGUCGGUCUUGUCCGAGCUCAAUCGAGCUGGCAACAACACCGUUUGAAUUCCAACUGGAUCAGAACAUAGCUUCCAGGUAUCUUUUAGUUUCAGAAGAAAACACCCAGGUUAGCAAGCUAGAAACACCAAUACCUCUCCCUAGAGCAUCAUUGACAUUGUCACGCUUUGAUCCAGAAGAGGGUGAUCAACACACAGUUCUUGGAGACAAAUCUAUCAGGAGAGGCCGACAUUACUGGGAAGUCAGUGUAAAGGGGCAGUAUAGCAUAGGUGUGGCCUAUGAAAGCAUGCCCAGGAAUGAGGAUAUUUGUAAUACGAUGGAAUCAUGGGCAUUUGAUUAUCUGGCAAACGGAUCCUUGUACAGUGUCUGGUUUAAUGGCUCGACAUAUACACAGAGAAAACGCAUCAAACCACCGCUGUCCAAGAUCGGUAUCCUUGUUAAUUAUGACAAAAGCGAACUUCGCUUUUUCGAUGCAAAUACGCAAACCCUCAUUUUCCGCUACAAAGAAAAGGCUGGGUUUACCAAGCCACUCUACCCAGCUUUCUCUCUGUGGGAGGGUUCCCUUAAGAUUCACAGUGGCAUUGAGUGUCCACAGUAAGGUGUUAUACUUCUACAGUUGCCAUAAUUACAAUACCUAUGUUAAGAUAGUGGCCCUGCCUUGUUGAGGGCUCAUUGUAGGCGAUGUUAGCAUUCCUAGUUGUUCUGUGAUCUUUUGUUCCAGUCGCGAUAUUGUGCAUGUACCAGUACAACAGUUAUGAAUUUUGAAAGCAGUAUCAGUUUGUCUGAUUUAAUGUUGUUCGUCCUAAAUUGACAUCUUCAAAUUAUUUUGUACUUGAUAAGUUUUGUUUAAUUUGUCAAUGAGCAAUGUAAAAUUAAUGUUCAUAUUUGUACAAUAAUCUCACAAAUUACGCUACCUACAUGUGAUUGAAUGCAUUGGCCUCCUUGUGAAUUAACCACGUCAUGCAAAAAUUCAAAGAAAAAUAACAUGACAAAAUGAUGGCCUUUUUUCUUUGUGUAAUCAUAAUGUACAAGGUGUUACAUGAUCUUUGCUGGAAUUAAGGACUCUUCAACAUUUCUUCUUUUUCUUGUAUCACAUUGUAGGUUACACUUGUCAAAAGCUUAAAGCUUCAACCUUAAAAACCGAAGCAUACAGAAACAUAACUUUUGCAGUUAUAUCAAUGGUGUGAUGCUUAAUUAGACAGCCUUGGUACCAUCAUUGUCUGACAUAAUUUUGGAAAACCACUAGUUCUAUAGCUUGCAGAUUUCUUGCCAAACCUUGUAUGUAUGAAAGAGACUAUACAAUGAAAAUUCCUACAUCUUGUUAGGGUACUGAAUGUUAGUUCUCCUCCAACUGGCAACAAUACAUAAUACAAAUGUAUAUACUUUGAUUAUCAUAUCCAUAUCACUGGAUAAUUUAUCCAUGGGGUGAUUCCUAAAUUCUUUUAACAGCUACUUCAAUGAUGAGCCAUGAACGAAUCAAGAAAAAGCCAAACAUAAUACCAACUUGAGCAUUCUUUCCACCAUUCCAUAACUGAUAGUAUAACUUGUUAAGAAGUGGUUAAGACAGAAAUAGCAUACAGUACAUGACUGUAAAAUAGAAGAAUGCAAAUGAAUCUACAGAAUUUUUCAUCCUUAUACAUUCAUAAUCAUAACUCAGUCAUGUUUUGGUCAUUUGUAACUU